AGGAAGGGGGAGAAAGAACAAAUCUCAGGCUGCGGGACAGAGAGACAGCAAGAGACCCCAGGCACAGAAAUCUCCCUCUACAGCUUUAACCCUCCCUGGUAAUUGAACCCAGCUCGCCUGCUGUUGUUGUAGAGAUGGCUGAAGAAGUGAUCGUGCCAGUUUAUGCCACUGGGAUUUCGGCGCAGCUGCAGAAGCAACGUGAUCAAGAUCUGGGUGUAGGGAAACAUGAGAAUGCAGUCAAAUUUCUGGGACAGGAUUAUGACAGGAUUCGCCACGAGUGCCUGCAAAACGGAACCCUCUUUAAGGACGACACAUUCCCAGCCUCUGCUUACUCUCUGGGUUUUAAGGAGCUCGGCCCAAACUCAUCCAAAACCUAUGGUGUAAAAUGGGUUCGGCCUUCGCAACUCGUCUCCAACCCACAGUUUAUUGUCGAUGGUGCCACAAGAACAGACAUCUGUCAGGGAGCAUUGGGUGACUGUUGGCUCCUCGCUGCUAUCGCCUCCCUCACAUUAAACGAAACAGUCCUGCACCGUGUAGUACCUCAUGGCCAGAGCUUCCAGGAGAACUAUGCUGGCGUCUUUCAUUUUCAGCUGUGGCAGUUUGGCGAGUGGGUCGAUGUGGUUAUCGAUGAUUUGCUCCCUGUUAAAGAUGGAAAACUUGUGUUCGUGCACUCGGCUUCUGGGAAUGAGUUCUGGAGUGCUUUGCUGGAGAAGGCCUAUGCCAAGGCCAACGGUUGCUAUGAGGCUCUUUCUGGAGGCAGCACAUCAGAAGGGUUUGAGGAUUUUACUGGAGGUGUUACUGAGUGGUAUGAGAUGAAGAAAGCACCUAAAGAUCUGUUUAACAUAAUUCUGAAGGCACUGGAGCGAGGUUCCCUCAUGGGCUGUUCCAUUGAUAUCACUAGUGCCACUGAUAUGGAAGCCGUAACAUUCAAGAAGCUUGUAAAAGGUCACGCAUACUCUGUUACAGGGGCCAAAGAGAUCAACUUUAGGGGUCAGAACACCAAGCUGAUUCGGAUGCGAAACCCAUGGGGUGAGGUGGAAUGGACAGGCGCAUGGAGCGAUAAUUCAUCUGAAUGGAAUUAUGUGGGUCAAGCAGACAGUAACGAGUUGAGAAUAAAGAUGGAAGAUGGAGAAUUCUGGAUGUCUUUUGAGGACUUCCUUCGUGAAUUUUCCCGCCUUGAGAUUUGUAACCUCACUCCAGAUGCACUCACUGCCCGCAGAUACCGCAAGUGGAACACAACAGUGUACAAUGGUUCUUGGAGGAAAGGAAGCACAGCUGGCGGAUGCAGAAAUUUCCCUGCCACAUUCUGGAUUAACCCACAGUUCAAGAUAAAACUGGAGGAGGAGGAUGGCGAUGAUGACUAUGGCUCUGAAACCGGUUGCACCUUCCUCCUUGCACUUAUGCAAAAGAACAGAAGAAAAGAGAGGCGCUUUGGGAAAGAUAUGGAGACCAUUGGAUUCGCAGUCUAUGAGGUUCCCAGAGAGUUUCUUGGACAGUCUGGUGUGCAUCUAAAGCGGGACUUCUUCCUCCAAAACGCCUCCCGUGCUCGCUCAGAGCAGUUCAUCAACCUGCGAGAGGUCAGCACCCGCCACAAACUGCCCCCCGGAGAAUACAUUGUGGUGCCUUCUACCUUUGAACCUAAUGUGGAAGGAGACUUUGUCAUUAGAGUCUUCUCUGAAAACAAGCAUGGCUCUGUUGAGAUGGAUGAUCCUUUAUCUGCUGACCUACCUCCUGAGGAAGUUCUGUCAGAGACUGAAAUCGAUCAAGGGUUCAAGAACCUUUUCAAGCAGCUAGCUGGUGCUGAUAUGGAAAUCAGUUAUACGGAGUUACAGUCCAUUUUAAAUAAAAUUGUAUCAAAACAUAAAGAUCUCCGCACAACGGGAUUUAGUUUGGAGUCGUGCCGCAGCAUGGUGAACCUGAUGGAUAAAGAUGGAAAUGGGAAAUUAGGACUGGUGGAGUUCAAUAUUCUGUGGAAUAAAAUUAAGAAUUACUUGACCAUAUUCCGAAAGUUUGACAUGGAUAAAUCUGGAAGCAUGAGCGCAUAUGAGAUGCGUCUAGCUUUGGAGUCUGCAGGUUUCAAGUUGACCAACAGUCUGCACCAGCUCAUCAUCACCAGAUACUCGGAGCCUGAUAUGGCCGUGAAUUUCGAUAGCUUCACAUGCUGUCUCAUCAGGCUGGAGACUAUGUUCCGAUUUUUCCAGGGUAUGGACACACAGAAACAAGGAGUGAUCAAUUUUGACCUGUUUAGUUGGCUCCAAAUGACAAUGUUUGCAUAGAAAUAUCUCAGUUCUGCAUGGGCUGGAUCCCCUCAAUACUUCUGUGACUUUCGGCGAGUGCCUUCCAACUGCUGCUGCUGCUGCUGUGCCAAAGCAAUACAAGAGGAUUUCUCUUAGGGUCUGCUCUUGCGUGGUGUCUGUUUCAUCAUUCUCGCAUCCCUUGUCAUUCCCCUUUUCUCUACCCUACCACCUUGUCAGAUUGCUCCCCUCUUCCACCUCUGUAGUAAGUCUGUAAAGAUAAUCUACCCAAUCGCCAGUUGGGGAUACAAAUGUGCCUGUUUAGGUCAUGCCUGUGACCAGAUAUCUGUAGUUACACAUAUACUGUCAUUUUGUACUGGAUAUUAGAUGCCAAAAAUAAAGCCUCAUCCUGUAAUGUGUACUGGCAAAAAAUGUAUAAAAUAUCAGGGGGUUUUCUUUGCAUAUUGGUUAGUAUGUAUCCAAAAAUACAUAUUUUUCUACAUUUGAAAAA